AUGCUUGACAUGGCCAACCACCGUUGUGUCAUCCGUAAACCUGAUGACAGAUUUGAGCUGGAUUCUGCGACACAGUCACGCGUCAGCAGAUGUGUGCGUGCAGUUCAGGUAAUGGUGAAGGACGGCCACGUGAAUGGAACAGAAGGAGGCAGCGUGACCUUGCUGUGUACAUACAAAACCGUGGACGGUGACUCGUCUGAUCUGAACAUCCAGUGGACUUUCGUGCUAAGCCAGCCCAGUUCACGCAAGCAGAUCUACUAUUUUGGUGGCAAUGUGACGUUUAUAAGUCCAGAAUUCAAAGGCAGGCUAUUGGCAGCACGAAAUCCAGGAAAUGCGUCCAUUACCAUUGAAAAACUGAGUCCUUCCGACUCUGGGAUUUACAUCUGCGAAGUUGACAAUCCACCGGACUUUCAAGGCAACAACAUUGGAUCAGUCAUACUCACAGUUUUUGUUCCACCCUCAGAGCCAAAAUGUGGCAUUGUACCACACCCGGUGAAGGCCAGAGCGGCAAUCCUAACCUGCCAUUCUGAUGAAGGUGUCCCUGAUCCCAUAUAUCACUGGGUGAAAAUUGUAGACCAUGUUCACCAGAACAUUACUGGUCAUCUUGAUAUAAAGACUGGAACGCUGAUCAUUUCAAAUAUUUCCGACAGUGAACAUGGUAUUUACCAAUGUAUAGCAUCCAACAAAUUGGGAAAUAAAACAUGCAAUGUCGACUUGUCACAAUUUAACUCGGACAAUGAUGCCAUUAUAGGAGGUAUUGUGGGGGCAGUUCUGAUUGCAGCGGUCAUUGGAAUUAUCAUCUGGGUGGUUACAAAGAAAGCAAAGAAAAAGGCAAAGCAAAAUGUGCAAAAAGGAACUGAACUACAGGUGAAAGAAGAUGCCACAAAUUCACCUACGACGUAUGUGGCUGUCCCUACUGAUGCUGCAGCAAAGGAAAAUCCAGAUGAUGCUCAGGCACAGGCAUUAGACCAAAACAACGUGGAGACCCCUGAGGUCCAUGAUACUCCAAAUGAAUCUCUGCCGUUGAAUGAAGAUGCUACUGCUUCGGGCUCUGAGGAAGCGGUGAACAAGGAGAGUGAGGGAAAUGGUCCUCAGGGCAUUUAGUCAGACCGCUGCACUAGAAUCUGAAGCUAUCGUUUUAUACAAAAAAGCAAGAAGGGUUUUCUCCUUAACUCAUUAGAAAUAAUUUGUAUUACAAGCCCAAUAUUAUGAAUAGCUCUGUGGAAAUAAUUGAAUUUCUCUUCAAAAUGUUACUUGCAUGUGUCCUGACCCAAAG